UCCCCUUUUCACCCCAGUGCCCCGCUGCCCCCACCCACCCCACCGCGACCAUGGCGAGCGCCGCCGACGACCUGGACCUCCUGCUCUCCCUGGGGGAGGCCGUCCCGGAGACCCCUCCCUCCUCCCCAUGCGCCGCAGAUGGCCCCGAGUCCGGCGGCGCCUUCACACCUCCAAGGACGCGGCGACCCGGCGGCACCGACAUGUCCGUCUUCCGCGACGCCGUCAAGGAUUACCUCGAGGCGCCCCCCGAAUCCACCUCCCCGCUCCCCGAGCGCCCCAAGCGCCCCAAGGCCACCGAAACCCUCGUCGACAAGUACUCCGGCCUCCGCAUCAAGCACCUGACGCUCUCGCCCCUCGAGAUCAGCAACCGCUUCGCUGACAUCCGAUUCGUGCGCAUCACAGCGAUAAAGAACUCUCUGGGGAGCGAAAGGUUCUCGGGCUGUUGGGCGACGGCGGGGGUGUUGCUAGACAAGGGCGUGCCGCGGGUGAGCGCGAAGGGGACCAGCUACAGCAUCUGGAAGAUGGGCGCCCUGGACGAGACCGAGGUAUCGCUGUUCCUCUUCGGGGAUGCGCACGUCCACUACUCCGGCGCUGCUGUGGGCUCGGUGUUCGCGAUAUUCAAUGGAAAUGUCCGCAUGGACAAUGGGGGCAAAGGGUUCUCUGUGAGUGUUGCUUCAGUGGGGCAGAUGCUGAAGAUGGGAGUUGCAGCAGACUUUGGUCUCUGCAAGGGGAAGAGGAAGGACGGGGUGGCUUGCACCAUGGCGAUAAAUAAGAGCAAAGGAGCAUAUUGCAAAUUUCAUUCAUCGAAAACAUCACAGAAGUACACUACUGGCAGAGUGGAGCUUAAGGGUGGAAACUUCCAAUUUGCUUCAAAACUUCGAUCUCAAGGGAUUUACAUGGUCAAUCCGUCCUCCGAACGACCCAACCCAAGAAAGCCAUGCCAACCGGUGAAAGUAAUGUCAAUUGAUGGGCUAAAAAGGGCUUUAAGCAAUGCAGAUAGAGUGACUACUAAGAACCAGUCUCAGGGUAUAAGAUUCCUUUCUCAUGUUGCAGCUAAUACGGACAAUACGAAAGCAACUGUCAAAGUCAGUGGAUCUACGAACCAACAGAAAUCAAAGUACAGCUUGAACAGAAGUUCGGCAUCAUCUGGUGCCAAAGCACCACCCAAGCAGGGAUUAGGGAAGCCAGAACAAGAUUUCAAGAGACGGAAGGUGAAUAAUCCACCAGGGAAUAUCGUUGAGCUCGAUGCAGUCAGCUCAGACGAUGAUGAGAUCAGUAUAGUACUGCAACGCUGAUUAUUUGUAUAAGAAUCGUGAAUGUACUACAAAUGGAUAAACAAGAGUAUUUCAGGAACAUUUCGCAUUGUUUUUAGGAAAGUUUUGUGGCCAAACCUGUCACAAGCUGUACCUGUAGACAAAUUAUCUGAUAACCAUCAUUUUCUGUAUAGUAUCGUUCAAAGAUGCUUCAUCAAUACAGUUGACUUUCCAUGAGAACAA